AUCUUUUAAUUUUUUUAUUCAACUAUUUUUUUUUUUAAUUGAAGUAUAGUUAGGCUGUCCAUUUCUGUAUCAGUUAGGAAGGAUGCUGGGUUUGAGGUUGGUGUUGAGGACAACAACUACCAUGACUUCCAGUGCUUUGAUGAAACCUCAGAUGUGAGGCCCUCUGGCCAAGUGAUUAUGAUUUCAUACUGUUGGAGUGUUUGCUGUAUCCCUGGGGGUUGCAGCUUUCUAUAAGUUUGUUGUGGCUAAACCAAGAAAGAAGGCAUAUGCAGAUUUCUACAGAAAUUAUGAUUCCAUGAAAGAUUUUGAGGAGAUGAAGAAGGCUGGUAUCUUUCAGAGUGCCAAGUGAUUUUGGAAUGUAAAGAAUUUCUUUGGGUUGAGUUCCAUUGAAGUUUGUCACUGACCUG